GCCCAGUCAGGUCAGGUCAGGUCAGGUUAGAAGGUAGGCAAUGUACGGAGGUAAUCUCUUACUGCCAAAACCCCUUUAUUCACAGCCUGUGAGAGCCCCACUCCGUCGCUGUCGCUUGGCCCCUGCCACCCCAACCCAAACCUUGGAACCUCCGACCUCUACUUCCACUGCCUCUUUCCUCCAUCCAUUGGGAAACAACCGUCACGCCCGUUCUUCCUCCUCCCGUCCAUCCUUGACUUCACAUCAUCGCCUUUCUCGCCUGCUUCUCACCAGCCUGCACUCCUCCACCACAACUGCCAGCCCUCCAUCUCACAACCCACAUCCUCCAAAAUGGCAGAACUCCGCCGAAAGCUCGUCAUUGUCGGCGAUGGUGCUUGUGGAAAAACGUGUCUGUUGAUUGUUUUCUCCAAGGGUACCUUCCCAGAGGUCUACGUCCCCACCGUUUUCGAGAACUACGUUGCCGAUGUCGAGGUUGAUGGCAAGCACGUCGAGUUGGCACUAUGGGAUACUGCUGGCCAGGAAGAUUACGACCGUCUCCGACCGCUGUCAUACCCCGACUCUCAUGUUAUCCUGAUCUGCUUUGCUGUCGACUCGCCCGACUCCUUGGACAACGUUCAGGAGAAGUGGAUUUCUGAGGUCCUCCAUUUCUGUCAAGGACUCCCCAUCAUCCUGGUCGGCUGCAAGAAGGAUCUGCGUUACGACAACAAGACCAUUGAGGAGCUCCGCAAGACAAGCCAGAAGCCCGUCAGCCCCGAGGAGGGUGAGGAGGUCCGCAAGAAGAUUGGUGCCUACAAGUACCUCGAGUGCUCAGCCAAGACCAACGAGGGCGUCAGAGAGGUUUUCGAGCAUGCCACACGUGCUGCUCUUCUGCAGCGGAAAGGCGGCAGCAAGAAGCACAAGUGUCUCGUCCUGUAAGGGGCCGAACACUCAUGUGCCUUCCAAGGCUCCCUUUCGACCAGGCUACUCCGGUGAUGUAAUCCAUCAUUGGCAUUCUCACGACUAGCCUACAGUCCCUCAAAUCUUGUCGUUGACUUGAUUCGUGAGCCACCAAGGCAUGAUCUAGAGACGGUGAUCAGGAACAUGUCAAGACGGCAGAAGAGUCUCUGGAGGUGACGUCUCUCUUUUAUUUUUCGGCGGGCGUUAAUACCAAUCGGCCGUGGUCGUCGUGCACGCCGCAUAUCACCGCAUACCUAUCUUCAUCGGACCGGCGUGUCCUCUCUGGUCGGGGCAAAUACACACGGCGGGGGUUUAAUCGCUCGUAUACUUCGGAACAGGAAACAGCGGUGUCUUUUUGGCCCGCAUCUGACAACGGCGUGGUCUGGAAGGGGCAACGGGGAUUUGCGAGUGGUGUCUUGCGCGUGCGAAUGGAUCACAGAAAUCAGAGACAAGGACAACUGCGUGUUGUGUGUAAGGUGGGCACGAACUGACGUACCGGGGGAUCCGCCACGGCCGAGUUUCUCGUAAAUAUCUCUCCAUCCGCUAUUUCACUCUCUUUUUUCUCCCCAACCAAACACUUCGCCGUCUCUUCGGACUGGGAGUUAUGCGUGGGCCGGAAGGGCAGGGAAGGGAUGGGAUGGGGGAAGACGAGCCUGCUUGCGUACAGUCUUCUCGGGUCACCGCAACCCCCCGGGAUGUGCGGUCGUUUCCUUAUAUCUCUUUUCGACUCUUUUUUUCCUUUUUGAUAAUUUAACGGGCUGCCUGCGUUGUCGUGUCGCCUCAUUAUUUCCGAUUUCUGGGGAGACGGUUGCCCCGGGGGUCUUUUAGGUAGCCUGCUUUUCGCGAUACAGAUCCUCAUUGCGAUUAGUGGAUCCAUCUUGUGUACAAUACAAGUUAACUUGUCUCC